GAAAUCAUAUAUUUGAGUGAGCGGUGGAGAGCGGCUCGACAGUGAGCGGUGGGCUUGCUUUGCUUGCGGCGGCUUAUUUCGCUUUGUCCUGACUUCAGCUGUUGCUUAUGGCUGUCUGUAGCUUCAAGAGGGGGCUCUGACUCAGUAUUUGUUACAGAAUGCUAUUGAGAAAAAGACUAAAAACAUGCCUUUGCAGUAGGAGCGUUAGCGCUGCCGGUGCCUCGUAGCCGUAGUGAAAGUUAGCCGUGGAGUAGCAUGACGUUAGCCGAGUAGCUAACGCUAGGCCAUCCGUUUUCUUUUGCUUGUCAGGACACUGCGUUGUUUCGUUUCCCCGUUCGUAGAGCAGGCUUUAGUAGAUUACUUGCUUGCUGGCGUUUGCCGUCUUUUCAUUUGCCGCCUGUGUGAAAAAGGCUCUGAAAUGAAGAGAGUGAGCGCCUUUCACAGGUUCAUGAACAGACGGGCUUCUGCUAACUGCCGCUACCAGCCCACUUGCUAUGAGCAUGCUGCAAACUGCUAUACCCAUGCACUCCUCAUCGUGCCAGCCUUUGUGGGAAUGGCUUUUCUGCACCGCCUGUCUGACAACCGCUGGGAGAGGAUCACAGCCUGGGUGUACGGGAUGGGCCUGUGUGCCCUCUUUCUGGUCUCGACGGUGUUUCAUAUCAUAACCUGGAAGAAGAGCCACAUGAGGUCUGUGGAACAGUGUUUCCAUAUGUGUGACAGAGUGGUCAUCUAUUUCUUCAUUGCUGCCUCCUACACACCUUGGUUGAACCUGCGUGAACUGGGCCCUCUAGCAGCGCACAUGCGCUGGUUUGUGUGGUUCAUGGCUGCUGCUGGAACCAUCUAUGUCUUCAACUAUCAUGAGAAGUAUAAACUUGUUGAGCUGGCCUUCUAUUUGACAAUGGGUUUUUUCCCAGCACUGGUCGUGACAUCAAUGAGCAACACUGAGGGUCUGCAGGAGCUGGCCUGGGGUGGACUCAUCUACUGCCUCGGUGUGUUUUUCUUCAAGAGCGACGGCGUCAUCCCUUUCGCUCAUGCUAUUUGGCACAUGUUUGUGGCGCUGGCUGCGGCCGUACACUACUACGCCAUCUGGAAAUACCUCUACAAGUCCCCCAGCGCUGAUGUGCCCUUCGAUUUGUGACGACGCCACCACCUCACCUUUCCUGUGCGCUCCUGAGCCGAGCACCUGCACACGGACUCCCUCAUCUGCCCCCGGAAGCUGCAGCAACAGCCGUAAUGUUUACGAUACAAUACUGACUACGAGUUGUUUACUGUUUUCUUAUGUGGAGAACAGCGUCUCCCCAACGAAGUACUUUCAAAGCUGUUUUGUACACCUUCAGUCUUGACAGUAAGGCAGUCAAUUUUACAUUUAAUAUUAAUGUUGCUGCACAUGUGAGUAUUUACGGAAUUUCAUAGCAGAUUUUGUAUCACUUGAAAAAAAUCACAUUCCACAUUUACGGUUAUUUCAGUGUCAGAUGUGAAGUCAUUUCUGCUGGUUUUAAAAAUGAUCAGUACACAAGGCUUGGUACAAGUGCUUGCGUUUCUGUUCUUUAGUUCUUUGUGCAAAUGUUAACAUCUCUUAAACCAAUUUAUAAUUUAUCAAAAGGAGCCAAAGGUCUGUUAACAUUUCUUUUAUCAGUCAGUUGUACAGGACCUUCGCCAAAGCAAAAUAGUGACAUAUCAGGUACAUUUAAUUAAAAUCAGGGACGCACUAAUCAAAGUAGAUUCUCAAUGGACCAUUUGAUGCCAAUUUUUGCAACUCUGUAUCGAAAAGUGUUUUACCUAGAUGGGAAAAAGUAGUUGAACAUUUGAAGUGUUUAAAAUCAAGUAGUACUUUUAUGAGUAAACCCCUGAUAAGGACGGUGUUUUAUUUUGAUUUUAAAUUCGCUUGUCUUCUGUCCAAGCCCUGCUUGUUGCGUGUCGGUCUGUAGUGCCCCCUGCUGGUGGGCGUCUGUGAGAAGGUGAUUUACAGCACUUCAGAGAGCGUGAAGUUGAGUUGGGAUUUAGUUCAUGAGCCAAAUAAUGAGGAUCAGUUCAGGCAGUGUGGUGAGACACGGUUGUCCCGUUGUAUUUGUAAUGUGAACAGUGCAGUAGUGUUUGCUUUUGCACAACCUUUGUACCACAGUAUUACCUUUCCACUGACUGUCAGUUUUGGUAUUUGCACCACUAGCACAAACAGUGUUUCCUGACUUAUCAGUGACAAAACCUCAUGUUGAUGUUUUUGUCUCAUCUUGAAUUGUUUUAUAAAUUUGCAUAAUGGCUCCUGACUUGUAAGACUUUCUCUUGAUCUCCUCUUAGUGAUGUAUGGAGCUCAAUGAGUGCAUUUUUUUUAAUUGUCUGUUGAUGAAACAGUUUCCUUAACCACUCUGUUUUGUAAUGUUUGCAUAUACAUGUUUAUCACAUGAUCCUGGCCUUUGCAGGGAUUAAAACUGCUUCUUGUUUGUUUCAUUGGCUGUUAAUGGUGCUGCGUGAAUACAGAUGGUCCUCUGUUAUACUGAACAUCAUCCCAACAUGUCAAUAAAAAGUAAUGCUUGUG